AUGGCGCCCGACGCGCUCCAGCUACCGAAUCAUCAGGGGGAGCAAGCCAAAGGGUCAGCACUUGAAGCGCUUCCACGGCGCGCCGCGAGUCCGGGCUCGACGCGAACCGGCAUCGUCGUCUUCUCGGGAGGCAGUGCCGCAAAUAACCUCGUCGACGUCUUUGAAAGCGUCCGUGCAGCAAACAGCACCUCACUGAGCUACGUCAUCCCAAUCUCUGACAAUGGCGGCAGCACCAGUGAGAUUAUCCGUGUUUUCGGCGGCCCAGGCAUCGGCGAUGUCAGAUCGCGCCUGGUCAGGCUGAUUCCCGACGACGGGAGCCCCGAGACCACCGCCAUCAAGCACCUCUUCAACCAUCGCCUCCCCAAGAUCGCUGCCGCCGCUCGCAGCGAGUGGUUCGACAUUAUCGAAGCGUCGCAUCCUUUGUGGCGCGAUAUUUCGUCGCCCAAGCGCGAGCUCAUCCGCUCCCACCUCAACAGCUUCAACCUGGAGGUAGUCAAGCGCAUGCGCCCCAGCAGCCGCUUCGACUUUUCGCGCGCCAGCAUCGGGAACCUGUUCUUGACGGGCGCGCGCCUCUUUACCGGCAGCUUCGAGGCCGCCAUCUAUCUGUUGAGCUCGCUCUGCGCCGUGCCGGAGCGCGUCGCGGUGCUGCCGGCGCUCAACACCAACUUUGCGCAUCACAUUGCCGCCGGGCUCGUCAACGGGGACGUGAUUACGGGGCAGAAUGACAUUUCGCAUCCGAGCCUACCGACGGCGGCGGUUCCGGGGGUAGGAACAGGGGUGCAUACCCCGGCGCCGUCGGAUUACGACACCGAGGACCAUGACAAGAUUGAAGACGCCAAUUUGCCAGGUUCCUUGCCAGCGCUGAGACGACCUGCGAUUAACUUUUCCAAAGAAUUGGACGAGGACCUGCCUUCGAGGAUAGAGCGCAUAUGGUACAUUAAUCCGUACGGCCAGGAGAUUCGCAUCCCAGCAAAUCCGCGUGUGCUGGAGGCAAUCAACACUUCAAAUACAGUCAUAUACAGCAUCGGCUCGCUUUUUACAUCUUUGAUCCCCAACAUUGUGUUAAAAGGCGUUGGCGAAGCCAUCGCGAGUCCUCUUGUCCGAAACAAGAUUCUUAUACUCAACGGCACGCUGGAUAGAGAGACGGGUCCAUCAUCAGAGCCCUUCAGCGGGCUAGACUUUGUCCGCGCAAUUGCGAAUGCGUGCGCAGAUUCCCGGGGUCUGCCACCACCAGAGGAAGAACAGUACUUUCAUUAUGUCAGUCAUGUCAUUUACCUGGAAAGCUCUACAUCACCAGCCGUGGACAAGCAGCGACUUGCAGAGAUUGGCAUCGAGUCUACGAGGCUGUAUGGGCCAAAAGACGCCGCUGGGCUUGGCGGAAGAUAUGACGCAAAGGCAUUGGCUCAGGCCCUAGAGACCAUUGUCGGUCGAAAAAAUGUUCGACUGGAUAGAAGUAGGAGAAAUACACUCGUCGGGUAG